AUGUCUCAGAUUACGACGGCGACGAGUGGAGUUACCGUACUGUCUACGGCCCCUAGAGCUGGUCGGGACGAGCGUCAAAAAUCUAAGGAAAAAGGAUUUGUCAACGCGCACUCUGAACAAGAAGAGACAAGCGACGGUGAAGGUAGAGACCAGCCAAAGGAGCGAUUGAACGUUGUCAACAAGAUCGAAACCCAUAAGGCGUGUCCGGCUUGCGGCGUCGAAGGUCACUCUGCGAAGGACUGUAUACAAUUCAAGGAUCUGAGUUUGGAUGAUCGCUGGAAGGUGGUUAAAGCGAAAAAGCUUUGUCGACGUUGUUUGACUCCGCACUCCCGUUGGCCAACCUCAACGUACCGAGCCGACGAACGCCACGGUCACGAUUCACCGCCAGCCAAAUCCGACGACCCCCGAAUCUUGCCAGUCACGCUGUACGGAGCGCGGGGGCAGGUUGACACGUUUGCCUUCUUGGAUGACGGAUCUUCGGUGACCCUUGUGGAGAGAUCGAUUGCGAACAAGCUGGGAAUUGCAGGAGAAGAUUCCUCUCUCUGUAUCCACUGGACCGGUGGCAUCAAGAAAAACAUCUCGAACACACAACUGGUAGAUCUGGAGAUUUCCGGGGUCAACAACACCAAUCGACUUAAAGCGAAAGUAGUUUACACCGUCGAAGGAUUGGGAUUGCCAGACCAGUCGAUGAAUUUCGAGGCGAUGGCGGCCAAGUACGAUUACUUGCGAAGUCUUCCUGUACAAAACCUGAUGUCCGCGGUUCCUGGUGUACUAAUCGGGCUGAACAACUUACACCUGAUGCCCCCCCUGAAGCUACGUGAAGGCAGAGAAGGCGAACCAAUCGCCACGAAAACCCGUCUUGGCUGGGCAGUUUACGGAGCUAUCCCGGGGCGUGAGGCGCCCUUCCUACACCGGCAGAUGCACAUCCACGGAAGCCCGACCGGCGACGAACUCCACGAGUACGUGCGAAGCUUCUUCGCUGUCGAAAGUCUAGGCGUUAUAGCUGCACCUGGUGCCGUUGGUCCCGACGAGCAACGAGCAAUAAAAAUGCUAACAGAGACCACCAAGCGGACGGCAAGCGGCCGGUUUGAAACAGGACUUCUCUGGAGGCACGACUACAUCGAGUUUCCUGACAAUAGAGCGAUGGCUGAAAAACGGAUGAAGUGUCUAGAAAAACGUUUGCUGAGAGACCCCGUGCUGUACGACAACGUUCAGAAGCAGAUAGCAGAUUUUCAGCACAAGGGUUUUGCUCACAAAGCUACACCAGAGGAGCUGCAGCGUUUUGACCCACGCCGAACCUGGUAUCUGCCACUUGGUCUGGUGAUCAACCCGAAUAAACCCGGGAAAGUUCGCCUCAUUUGGGAUGCGGCGGCGAAGGUCGACGGAGUUUCGCUUAAUUCGAUGCUGCUCAAGGGACCCGACUUGCUUUCACCUCUGCUGUCCGUGCUCUUCAAGUUCCGGGAAAGGCAGGUAGCGAUUGGCGGUGACAUUGAGGCCAUGUUCCACCAGGUUCGGAUACGCGAAGCAGAUCGAAGUGCCCAGCUGUUCUAUUGGCGGGAUUCCCCUGAAAAGCCGUUGGAAACAAUGGUAACCGACGUUGCCAUUUUCGUACGAAAUAGAUUACCCCAGGGCAGCAAAUGCAAUCCGGACAAAGCAUUUAUCAACGACUACCUGGAUAGCGUCGACACAGCAGAGGAGGCGGCAGAGAUUGCGCUGGAGGUUGCCGAAGUUCACUCUAGAGCCGGGUUCCACAUCCGAAACUGGGUCUCCAACAAUGCUGCGUCCUUUUACCAGAGCCAGGAAUUUGUGUACGAUAAUCCAUCGGAAUGGCCGGAACCGUGCGAAGAUAUGGUGGAGCUGGCACCAGAAGAAUUGAGACCGUCAUUCGUGUUUGCUCAUUUCGUUCUGAAGCCAACGGUGAAAUGGGAGAGGUUUUCAAAGUGGGAGCGACUAGUGCGUACCAUGGCGUACGUCCAGCGAUUUAUCGCUCGCAAGCUGAACCGCGAGAAGAAGCCGUGGCAAGUCGACCUGACCCGAGAAGAGCUACAGAAAGCUGAGCAGAGUUUGUGGCGUCUUGCACAGUCUGAGGAGUAUCGUGACGAGGUGGCCACUUUGAAUCAGAAUCAACGAGUCCCAGCUGAUCAGCGAGAAUCCCUGGAAAGGUCAAGCAACAUUGUUAAACUCUGUCCCAUGCUGGACGAUGCUGGAGUACUUCGCGUAAGUGGGCGCAUACAAGCUGCAGAAUGUGUCGGCUACGAAACCAAACACCCAGUAAUUCUUCCACGAGAUCACCCGGUGACGACUUUACUGCUGGAAUACUACCAUCGGCGGUUCCAGCACUCAAAUAAUGAAACUGUGAUGAAUGAAAUUCGGCAGAAUUUAAGCAUUCCUAAGCUGCGGGUGCUCGUGAGGCUCGUGUCCAAUAACUGCAAGUGGUGCGAAGUAUACAAGUCUACUCCAGUUGUACCACAGAUGGCACCACUCCCGCGAGCUAGGUUGUCCCCAUUCCUGCGUCCGUUUACAUUCACCGGAGUGGACUACUUUGGGCCCUACCUGAUCAAGACGGGGCGCAGAGCUAGCAGUGAGUUAACGAAGGAAAUAAGUUUGAGCAUCAACAAGGAGCUGGCCAGUACGUUCACCGAUGCUCAUACUCAGUGGCGUUUCAAUCCCCCCGCGGCACCGCACAUGGGAGGCUCGUGGGAGAGGAUGGUGCGUUCCGUAAAAGCUGCGCUAGGAGCGAUACCGUUGGAGCGCAAAUUGGACGAGGAAUCGAUGGUGACCAUGUUAACAGAGGCGGAGCACAUGGUGAAUUCCCGCCCACUUACGUUUAUCCCUUUAGAAGGCGCCGAUCAGGAAUCGCUCACGCCGAAUCAUUUUUUACUCAUGAGUUCGAGCGGGGUUCAACAGCCGGUGAAGGAUCCGAUGUGCGAAGGCGCGGCUUUGAGGAACAGCUGGAACCAGAUCCAGCACGCCUUAGAUGAGUUUUGGCGACGGUGGUCCAGGGCAGGUGCAGGGUUCGACGAACAUCACGUCGUUCCUGCGGGACGGUCCGGAGACCCGGAGGGUCCGGUCCCGAAACCCGUGUGCGCAUCUGCGGGCCAGGAAGAUCCACACUUCCAGGAGGAAUCGCCCGGUCGCCAAUUGCCGGCCAUUCGCUCCGCGGCCACGAAGCAACGAAACACGUGGUACACACGGCGGGGCCUCACCAAUAGCUCCGCCCAUCACCACCACGUGCACGCGCGCACCUCGUGCGCGAGGGCGUAA